UUCUUCUUCUUCCUCUGUUUCACUAUUUUUCAGAUUUUGGAUUCAUCUCUUUCUCUUGCUUCUCUUCUUCACAGCGUAGCUGUUUACGCAGAAUUUUUCUGAGAUAUUUUUCAAGAAAUUCAAAUCAAAACAGAAAAACUUUGCUUAAUGCUGGAGAAAUGGAGAAUUCUCAAUUGGAAGAAAUGAUAUCAGAGGUAGCAGCAAGACAGACAAACAAACAUGACUCCAUAUUAUCACUUACACUUGAUGAAAUCCAGUGUAAAAGUGGGAAGAAUUUUGGUGGUAUGAGUAUGGAUGAGUUUCUUGCUAAUAUAUGGAACGUUGAAGAUAUUCAAACUCAAUUUCAUUCACAAUCACAAGAAAAUGAACCUCAAAAUCAUCACCCUUUUAUGGUUACUAAUAAUUCAAGGUCAAACCUUUGUAAUCAGGGUUCUUUUUCCAUUCCCAUUCCACUUUGUGGUAAAACAGUGGACGAGAUUUGGUCUGAAAUUCACAAAGAUCAACAACACCCACGUCACCAGAAGUUCAUUAAUGUUCAGCAAAAUCCUUGCCAAAAUCAACAAGCUUUAGGGGAAAUGACUUUGGAAGAUUUCUUGGUGAAAGCUGGAGUUGUUCAAGAAGCUUCUUCUUCUUCUUGUUCAAUGAAACAACAGUUAUGUUCUGUGAAUAACAGAUCAAUGGUGGAUUUGGGGUUUGGGAUUGGGGAGAAAUUGGGGCUGUCUUUGUCUUAUCAACAGAAUAAUGAUGCUGCAAGAAUCAGAAGUAUGUCUGGGAAUUGCUUUUCAAAUUAUCAAAUGCUCAACCAAUCAGUUGGGGAACCAUCUGAUAACAGUUCGAUUCAGAAAUGUCAAGGCUUGAUGACUGAUUGGGUUGAGCCUAGCAACAAGAAGAGGAUAAUCGAUGGUCCUACCGAAGUUGUUGUGCAGCGGAGACAACGGAGGAUGAUCAAGAAUCGCGAGUCUGCUGCUCGAUCUAGAGCUAGAAAACAGGCAUAUACAGUAGAGUUGGAAGUGGAAUUAAAUCAGCUUAAAGAAGAGAAUAUAAAACUAAAGCAAAUUGUGGCUGAAUCUGAAAGGAAUAGAAAGCAAGAGAUUAUGCAGAGAAAACAGUGCGAAAAGAGACAGAAACCAACGGAAAAGUUGAGGGCGAUGAGGAGGAUAGCAAGCAUGGCUUGGUAAAGAGGAAAAGGAGGUUUAUGUUUUUGUUGUCACUUUGAGGAAAGUUUUUAUGUGUAAAUGGUGACAAAUUUUACACCAAAGUAAUGGUUUAUCUCAAGAACUAUAUCAAAAGUCUCUUACAUUACACAGUUUUUUUUUCUUUUUUCUUUUUCUUUUCAAUUUCACAUGGAGCUGUAUAAUCGUAAUGAGCUUUCUUUGUA